CUUGUGACUGCGAGCUUGAAAACAGCCAUCGAGUCUCGCAGAGGACUGUCACUGUUUUCUGUGUACACUUGGCACUUUACAGAAUAUCAAGAUAAAGACAGCUAACGUUACAAGGGCCAUGGAAUCGCAUGGCAAGGAUGAAGUGAAAGGGCCCGUGCUACAUAUCGUGGUGGUUGGAUUUCAUCACAAGAAGGGUUGUCAGGUGGAGUAUUCAUAUCCUCCCAUCAUCCCUGAUGAGGGCCAUGACAGCGGUCUCCUUCCUGAGGAGUGGAAGUACCUCCCCUUCCUUUGCCUUCCGGAUGGGGCACACAACUUCCAAGAAGACACCGUUUACUUCCAUUUACCACCCCGGGACGGUGAGAUGAAAUGUGUCUAUGGUGUGUCCUGUUACAGACAGAUAGAGGCCAAGGCUCUUAAGGUGCGGCAGGCAGAUGUUACCAGGGAAACGGUGCAGAAGAGUGUGUGUGUCCUCAGUCGAGUGCCUUUGUAUGGCCUCCUCCAGGCCAAGUUACAGCUCAUUACUCAUGCUUACUUUGAGGAAAAAGACUUCUCCCAGAUAUCCAUUUUAAAGGAACUGUAUGAACACAUGAAUGGCUCUUUGCGAGGCACGUCUCUGGAUGGAUCACAGGUGUACUUGGGACUGUCUCCAAGAGAUUUAAUAUUGCACUUUCGACACAAGGUCCUCAUUCUUUUUAAACUAAUUCUCCUGGAGAAGAAGGUCCUGUUCUAUGUGUCUCCAGUGAACAGACUUGUUGGCGCCCUAAUGACUGUGCUGUCCCUUUUCCCUGGCAUGAUUGAGCAUGGCCUGGCUGACUCCUCCCACUACAGGCCGAAGAGCAGCGUGUCCGAGGAGCUGCCCCCGGUCAUCGAGGCCGUACCCGGCGCCGAGGAGUUUGUGUCCGUGUCGGUCACCGACAUCGCCAAUGCCACGCGCGAGCUGGAGGGCGGCGCCGCAGACACCCCGAAAGCCGCCGCGCCCUCCCCCGGCAGCCCCGUCAGGGACGACGCCCACCUCCUGAAGCCGCCGCAGCGCACCUCCCCGGACUCGUCCGAGAGCGACUGGGAGACGCUGGACCCCAGCGUGCUGGAGGAGGCGCAGCAGAAGGAGGAGGAGGAGGAGGAGGAGGAGAAGGCGGCCGGUGGGGGGUCCGGGUCGGCGCCGGACAUCAGGGAGCAGGACUCGGAGGCCUUUGAGCCCAGCGUGCCCAUCACGGUGCAGCCGCAGUCGAACGCAGGCGGCCAGGGCGUGAUCACCCAGGGGCUGCUGUCCGGUCUGGAGGAGGACCAGUACGGCCUGCCUCUCGCCAUAUUCACUAAGGGUUACCUGUGCUUGCCGUACAUGGCCCUGCAGCAGCACCAUCUGCUCUCUGAUGUGACUAUACGGGGCUUUGUUGCUGGGGCAACCAACAUCCUCUUUCGUCAGCAGAGGCACCUGAGUGAUGCCAUAGUAGACGUGGAGGAGGCCCGGAUCCAGAUCCAGGACCCGGAGCUGAGGCGGAUACUGAGUCUGACCACAGCUGACCUGCGCUUCGCCGACUACCUGGUCAAGCAUGUGACCGAGAACCGCGAGGACGUCUUCCUGGAUGGGACCGGCUGGGAGGGAGGCGAUGAGUGGAUCAGAGCGCAGUUCAACCUGUAUGUGCACUCACUGCUCUCCUCCACGCUACAGCAAGAUAAUGAGAAGCUGUUGGCUGAUUAUGGAGCUCCAUUCGUCUCAGCCUGGAAGAUCACACACAACUUCAGAGUGUGGUACAGCAACAAGCACCCAGCCAUGACUGAGAUCACACCUGGCCAUCCGUUCCUUGGCCAGUACAGUGUAGCGGACAUGAAGCUUCGUCUCUCACACUCGGUGCAAAAUAGUGAGCGCGGGAAAAAGAUUGGCAACGCUGUGAUGACCACCAGCCGGAGUGUCGUCCAGACGGGGAAGGCUGUAGGCCAGUCUGUGGGGGACGCCCUGACCAGUGCAAAGUCCGCCAUGUCAUCAUGGUUCUCCACCUUGGCCCAGCCGGCUGCUGUGACCUCCCCAACCUGUCCUGAGACCCUAGCUCCCGACGAGUGACACCCACACCUCCUCUGUGAACUAUGAUAAACCUCCAGCAUGUAACCGAACCAGAUCCAGAGGCAAGCCAGGGACACCGAUCACCCCUCCUGCCACACAUCCUUGGAUUGCUUAAGAUAACUUUAGGUUGGUUCAUGGUUCAGGUAGCACUGAUGUUCUACCGCGACUGGAUUCUUGGUAUUCCAGCCAUCAUUUGCUACCAUGCUAUCCAUGGCUUCACUUGAACUUGAGCCUCAGGAUGAACUUGAUACAUCAGGCACUGUCAACCCUGGACUUCACCGUCAAGGCAGAGUAAAAUGCCAUCUCCACACUAAAGUACAUUUCGAUCUUCAUCCGUUACCACCACUAACCAGAACUGGCCACGCAUCUCACACUUGUUCCUUCUGAUCAAAAAUGACAGACAGAAGCCCUUGGCCCUGAGAAUUCUGUAAUGAUCUUUUAAUCCCUUUAUAUUCCCUCAAAAUAACCUGAAUGGACUCAAUUGGAGUGGGAUCAUGAAGGAUCCAAGUCCAGGUGUUCUGGGAGUACAGUAUGUUUAUGUUUGUUAAUGUAUCUAUCUCUGUUUGUGUGUAUAUCUGUGUGUGUGUGUGUGUGCGUGUGUGUGUGUGUGUGUGUGCGUAUGUGUGUGUUUGUGUGUGUGUGUGUGUGUGUGCGUGUGUGUGUGCGUGUGUGUGUGUGUGUGUGUGUGGUGGGUGCACGUGUGUCAAAGUUCUCCCUGCAGGGAGUGAACAUGCACGUGAGCACUGCUGUAGGCCAGAAUAGCUGGCUUUAUUUUUGCAUCGUAUGAACCGAACGGGAUUUUCUUUUGCUGCUGAAGAUUUGGUGGUUAUAUGAGUUUUAACGGAGAACUUCCCCUGCCCAUGUUAUAGGUCCUGCUACAGCUGCUAGCUGGGGUCUCAUAUCACUAUAGAAGGGCCUCUUAUGGUACCGCUGACCGUAUAUAUAUAUAUAUAUAUAUAUAUACCGUAUAUAUAGUAGCUUCUCCAGAGGAGGUUGCUGUCUAACAGGAGGCUAUUGGGAGAGAUGCCAGACUGGGUGAUAUCAUUCUGAGUUUAAGACAAUCCAGUAUGGCAUCGGACUAAAUGACCCAUGGCCCUUUAUCACCUGUGGCAGUUACAUGUAUCUCUGGGUGGCCCAGUAUCUCCAUCUAAGGGGAUGUUGGCUGGACGUCCUCAGCGUUCACGGAUCCUCUUAGCAGUGGAGUGAUUUCAUUCUCUAGUAAGAUCUCUACUAGUUUAAGGGUUAUUUACCGAGACCUCUUCCAUGAUAAUGCCAGUCCUUUGGGCUGUCACAUCAAUUUGAUGAGAUCUCAGUCUAUUCGAGGUGUUCAUUGCAGUCUGCUCUGAUAUAGACUGUCCUGUCGGAGGCUUUGUGUUCUGAUGAUGUUCAAGGUUUGACCUUUGACAUCAGAGGUAGAUUGGAUAACAUUGAAAUGUAUGCAUUAGCAUGACCCUGAGGUCAGCCCUUCCCCAUUUCCUACUGUAUUUUUGAGACUGUACAGAAAUCUUAUUCUUUGAUGAAGGACUAAAUGUAAAACAGUGAAGGUCUUAGACUGAGAGUGCGGACUAUGUAAUGCAUUGACCUAUUAUUAUAUUUGCUUUUUAUUUGCAUGGGUGCUUUGCAAUACACCCAUUUGAACUGUAAAUUGUUUUUGGUGAGAAUGCUGAAUAGACCUAAAUUAACUUAAAUUGAGGAUGUCUUAGGUUUAUGUAUUUUCUAUUAAUUUAAUUGACAACAUCCAAUGCUCUCCUUUUUAUCAUGUUUUCCCCUGGACCAGUAACAAUAUCGCUAUUGCACACAAAGCUGUAUUAGCCGUUUUAUCAUCUGAUAAAAGUAUUUACGUGUGUAUGUAUAAAAUAUGAAUGUAUUCCUUUUCCAACGAGAGCUGUAUAAUUCUCAACCUAUUUUCCUGAUAAAUGCUUUUGAAGUCAAGAGAAAACAAAAUUAAGACAAUAAUAUUGAUAAUAUUGAUGUAAUAAACAGGAAUAAUUCUA